AUGGCUUCCCCGGAAGACACGUCCAUCGAGGACGUUUUGGAUGACCUUCAGUUAAAUCAUGUCAUCUUGGAAAGCUUAAACGAGGAACGACCUGAUGCGGUUGCUGAAAUACAAGAGAUUCGCGACACCAUAAAAGGGCUAGAAGCGCGUCUGACACAAUUACGCGGUCACCCGUCGGGAAGUCAACAGAGUCAUCCUCCCUCUUCAUAUCAAACAACCAGCAAUACAAGCGUGGCUCGGGCACAGUUAGAUGGCGGAUCUGAACCACUGACAGCCGCUCGUCUCUCGGGACAGUCUGACAUGUCUCCUCCCCCACGACCAUCUCGGCUAGUUCAGCGAUCAGAAUCACCUCCUUAUAUGACGACCGCGUUUACUCGGAAGCGUCAGCAUUAUUAUGGUGACGAUUCCGAAACAGAUUUCACCGACGACCUGGAGUUCCCGGCUAAACGAGUGCGAACUAACCAACUUUCAGAAUCUUCUAGUCCUGGGGUGCGGUCCAGUGGAAAUGUGUCGACGGAUGGCCUGGAAGAAGGUUUAGGUGAUGCUAACGACGAGUUGCAGAAAAUCUUGGGUUUGGAUAGUCGCGACACCUUACUUGCUCUUCAGGAUGAGCAGAGAAUGGCAGAGCAAUGGCUUGAAGAGCGCAAGGAACAAGAGCGUCGAGACGCGGAGUUUGCCCGUACGCUUAUGGAUGGCGCUCAAGCACCGCAUCGACCCUCAUCCGCUUGGAGCAGCUCUACUCAUUAUUCAGGGACUUGUAUUCCUUUCCCUGCAUCAUCUCAAGCUUCCAGGGAGGGACAACGGAACACGCAUCGAUUUCCCGGUAAUACUUCCUCGGCGCAAACCACAACUGCUGCUCGCCCUGUUUUUGGAGAGCCGUCGUUUCCAGCUAGAGCUGAACCUGCCUACAUUAUUCAAGAUAGCGAUGAUAGCGACAUUGCAGAGAUCACUGCGAAUGAUUUUCGACGUCAUGCUCGCCCUGGCCACUCAAACCAUUUCACCGGCGGCCGUGAAUAUAGCCAAUAUCAGGAUCUCUUGAGUGACAUCUACGAGCAAGCGGAUGAUCCCAAGAAAGUCAACCAGGAGAUAAAGCAGCUGAUUGAGAGCAUCAGACCUGAUUCAGAUAUCUCUAAGGAGAAUCGUGAAGGCACCCCCGAAGCCCUCAGAUUUGCAUUGAUGGAGCAUCAGAAGCUGGGGCUGUCGUGGAUGAAGUCAUUGGAGGAACAAGAUCAGAAGGGCGGUAUUCUCGCAGAUGACAUGGGAUUGGGCAAAACAGUGCAGGCCAUUGCUCUUAUAGUGUCCCGGCCGUCUAUGGACCCGGAACGGAAGCCAACACUCGUUAUUGCACCUGUUGCAUUGAUGCAGCAGUGGAAACGAGAAAUCCAGAGAAUUCUGAGACCAGGCAAGUAUCAACUUACUGUCUACGUUUUACAUGGCGAUAAGCGAUCUGUGGGCUUUAGGGACCUGAAAAACUAUGAUGUCGUCCUAACUACAUUUGGAACUCUAUCUUCUGAGUUGAAGCGCAAAGAAAGGUAUGAUGAAUUGCAAAAGUCUGGCGCGAAUGAACCUACCCUGUCUAGAGAACUUCUCAAAUCACUGCCGUGUCUCGGACCAACCAGCAAGUGGCAUCGCGUUAUUAUAGACGAAGCGCAGUGCAUCAAAAACAGGAAUACGAAGGCCGCCAUUGCAUGUUGCCGACUUAAUUCUACUUACCGCUGGUGUAUGAGUGGAACGCCUAUGAUGAAUAGCGUUGAGGAGCUGCACUCUCUGUUGAGGUUUUUACGCAUACGACCUUACAGUAGCUUGGAAAGGUUCAAUCAUGACUUUACGCGACCGUUAAAGAGUGGUAGUGCUAGUGCACAGGAUAAGGCAAUGACACAACUGCAAGUUUUACUGAAGGCCGUUCUCCUGAGACGAACAAAGGAGUCAAAAAUCGACGGCAAGCCAAUUCUACAACUGCCGCCUAGAAUUUCCGAAAAAGUACAUGCUGUUUUUAGCGAAGACGAGCAGGAACUAUAUUCAGCACUCGAAGCUCAGACUCAACUCCAGUUCAACAGGUAUCUCGAAGCUGGCACUGUUGGACGGAACUACUCGAACAUUCUUGUGUUGCUCCUUCGACUUCGACAAGCAUGCUGUCAUCCUCACCUGAUCAAAGAUUACGGCGUGAAGCUUAAUGCGAAUACAGAUGAGUUCGAUAUGAUUGCAAAUGCGAAGGCUUUCGGUAAGGAGGUUGUAAUUCGGCUGAAGGACAAUAACGAACUCGAAUGUCCCAUCUGUAUCGAUGCCGUUGAUAACCCAAUUAUCUUCUUUCCAUGUGGUCAUAGCACCUGUGCAGAAUGCUUCUCGAGAAUUUCGGACCCCGCUCUCUCUGUACAACAGGGCCAUGAUGGCUCCGUUGAAGUCAAAUGUCCGAACUGUCGCGCCAAGAUCGAUCCCAAAAAAGUCACCGACCACCUCUCUUUCAAAAAGGUUCAUUUCCCAGGGACAUCUGAUGAUUCUGCAGAGUUGGAGGCACCUGACCCAAUUGAAGAAGAGGAAGGAGACAGUGACGAAAGCGAUCAAGAGAGUCUGUCUCGAUUUAUUGUUAACGAUGGAGAAGAUGAAGGCCCUUCGAAGUCAAGUAAACGGAAGGAGAAGGGCAAAAUGCCGCAAAGGUCCAAGAAAACCCUUGCAGAGCUGAAGAAGGAAGCAUCAAAGAACCAGAAGUCCAAACGCAAGUACUUGCGUCGACUGGAGAAGACAUGGAUGUCGAGUGCGAAGAUUGACAAAGCUAUGGAAAUAUUAGCAAACAUUCAAGACGGAGAGUCAAACGAGAAGACCAUUAUUUUCAGCCAAUUUACCUCUCUGCUUGACCUGCUUGAGGUUCCAAUUAUGCGUCGAGGCUGGGGCUACAGACGAUACGAUGGUAGUAUGAGACCUGCGGACAGGAACACGGCAGUGCUAGAUUUCACAGACAACCCUGACUGCAGGAUUAUGUUAGUGUCCUUGAAAGCUGGUAAUGCCGGCUUGAAUCUUGUCGCCGCUUCUCAGGUUAUCAUUUUUGAUCCGUUCUGGAACCCCUACAUCGAAGAGCAGGCGAUCGACCGUGCUCACCGAAUCGGCCAGGUGCGACAAGUGCAGAUUCAUCGAAUCUUGGUGGAACAAACCGUCGAGGACCGGAUUCUCGAACUCCAGGAUAAGAAACGAGAGCUUAUCGAAGGAGCUCUAGACGAGAAGGCCUCGAGCAAUGUCUCCAGAUUGGGAACAAGAGAGUUAGCCUACUUAUUUGGUGUUCAUUAA